AUGGCGUCUAACGGAGCCACAGAAUCCCAUGUAAAAGUUAGUGAAAAUCGAGAUUUCGCUGAUGAUUAUAGUGCUUCGAAUGGCGAGGGAGACGCCGGCGAGGGCACUAAACGUCGCCGCGUGACUCAUGACUAUCGAAAACUGUCGAAAUUGGGAUAUGAUCCAAGUGUGUCAACCAAUUUGAAACAUGGGCAAUCCCUUGAACUAAAAGGCAAAAAACGCAAACUUAGUGAUGACACAAAAGACGUCUGCGUUUGGGGUGAGAACCCACGGCCAAACAAACUAAGUAAGAUAUGGCCUGUGUUUGACUCUGGAGGGUAUGGAGAUGCAGCAAUAUUAAACUUGCAAGUUUUGCAAAAGUCUCCGAUCGUGAAAAACCCACUGUUAUUUAAUUAUCCUGAUAAAGACUAUGGUAUUGUUGAUAUAUAUCAAGAGCCCUUGAAAACUGACUGGUUUGGCGGAAUAAACGCUUCAUGGAAGCAAACAUAUAUGUCCAAGACCAUACCAAACGAUGACAUGACAAAGAGAAUAUACUCAUCAGUCUCAAAACAGUUACAAAUAAUCAAUUCUCACUUCCAACGAUCAAUGUUCAAGUAUAAGUACCCAAGAGUGACACGGUCCAACAUUUUACUGGAGAGUUCAAAUCCACUGCGACCAGCAACACAAUUGAGUCUCGCAAUGAAGGCUAUAAGGUUCCAGCCUACACCUCAAAGGGAGUUACCGUGUUAUGGAAAUUUGGAGUUACCAUUGAAGAUUAAACAAGAGAGAGAUUCACCGGUUUAUAAACCUAUGAGGGGUAUAAGGGAAGCAGAGCCUGUUCAGGUUAAAACAGAAAGCGAUAUCAAAAUUGAGAGGGAAAAGGAAAAAGAGAAGGAGAGAUCUCAUUCAUCAUCUCGUCACCAUUCGUCAUCAUCAUCUUCCUGCCACCAUUGCCGCCGCCGUGCGCGCAUCAAGCGCUGCUCCAUCGGCGUGCAAUGUCGCCGAGACAGAGUCGGGUUGCCGUCAACUGAGAUGUGGGGCCCUCUUGCUGAGAACCCUGAAGUCAAGGGCCUUAAAUAUCACAGACUAAUGCGAGUGGAGACGCACCCGAAUGGCGGCGCGAGUGUAGUGUACCUGCACCAGCGCGACGUGGACAUGCUCAAUGCCGUUCAGCAAGAGGCCUUGGCCAAGGAGUUCCUCAAGCUGGUGUUCUCUGAGGACAGCGAGGGUUGGGCUCACUUCGUAUGCGGCGUGGUCCGCGGUGCUGCAGCGCCUUUUCCCUGCCUGCUGCAGUACUUGUCUGACACGCACCCCAACCUGCCUGUAAAGGCUGGAGUGCUGGCCAGAGCGUCUGAUAUCGAGACAACUACCAUCAGCCGGUAUUAUCAACAGGUGCAAUCAUCAUACGCAGCAGGCACGUUCCGCUCGGGCCCUCUUCACCAGAUUUCGCUGGUCGGCACGGUUCAUGAGGAAGUAGGGGGCUACUUCCCGGAUAUGCUAAACAUGCUUUCUGAGUGCCCCUUUCUGAACGUGACAAUGCCGUGGGGCUCGAUGUCCGCUGUGGAUAUGGACCCGCAGGAGUCCAACGACGGGCCCAUCCUGUGGAUCCGGCCGGGCGAACAGCUGGUGCCCACGGCCGAGCUCGGCAAGAGUCCUAUCAAGAAGAGGCGGACGGGCAUAAAUGAGCUACGCAACCUGCAGUACCUACCGCGGUACAGCGAAGCCCGGGAGUUCCUCUUCGAAGACAGGACUCGAGCUCACGCCGACCACGUCGGUCAUGGUUUGGACAGAAUCACCACUGCCGCUGUUGGAGUGUUGAAGGCGAUACAUUGCGGCGACGAGUCGGACCGCGGUCGCAUCACCAAGGACGUCGUGGCUUUUCACGCGGCAGACUUCAACAAGCUCGUUGUACUCCUGCAGCUUGACCUUUAUGAACCGCCCAUUUCGCAGUGCGUCACAUGGCUAGAAGAAGCGAAGCUGAACCAACUUCGCCGCGAAGGUGUGCGCUAUUCGCGCCUGCCGCUGUGCUCGGACGACGUCUACUUCCUGCCCAGAAAUAUCAUACACCAGUUCCGCACGGUUUCUGCUGUCACUUCUGUUGCGUGGCACCUGCGCCUGAAGCAGUACUACCCGUCGUCGUCGUCGUCGUCGCCGGUUGAGGAGUGCGCGCCCGUGCCCGCGCCCGCCGCGGUGCCGGCGCCCGCGCCGCCGCCCGCCGCCGACCUCGCCGCGCACGAAGACAAGAAAUCAAAACACAAGGCAGGCGUCAUAGAAAUGAGAGCGUUGAGCGCGAAGUUCAACCAGCCAGACUUAAAGAUAGACGAAAACAGAAAAAGUACAGAGACUCAGACUAAAACAGAGAAAUCAGAAGACAAGAAAGACAAAAAACCGGACAUGAAAUCAGAUAAAGACAUUAAAACCGACAGAACAGAAACUAAAUCAGAGAAAGUCGAAGUUACAAAAGAAUUAAAAGUUGACAAAUUAGAUUCAAAAACGGAUAAUAAAACUGACAGAUCAGAAUCAAAGCCAGAGAAAUUAGAAAAUAGAACAGAAAAAGAGCGAGCUGACAAAAAUUGGCACAGACACAAAGACGACAAACACAGAGUAGAAAAGUCUGACAAAACACGACCUGAUGAUCACCACAGGCGCCAUUCGUCGUCAUCAUCUUCAUCAUCGCGUCACAAGUCGUCUCAUCAUAAGUCAGAACGUCGAGACAAGGAGCAUAGAAGAGACAGAACUGACGACAAAAGGGAACACAAACACAGGGAGAAGGAAUGCGGGAAAGAGACAAAAAAUGAUGUGAAAGUGAAGGACACAAAGUUAUCCCAGGAUGUGGUACUCCGGCCCCCAGAUUAAAUGUGACUUAUACCGUUUUGAAGUGACUUCAGUUUUAUUUUGAUUUGUUAUUUGUGAAAAGGAAGCUUUUCCAUUGGUAAGUUAAUAUUUAUGAUCUAAAAUUAUUGAAUUCGACUUAAAGAAGAAAAUAUGGUCUCCUGUCAAAGUUACUAUGAAAUGCAAAUAUUAAGAUUUAUUUUCCACUUUAGCGCAGAAGAGAGAUUUGAAUAAAUUAUAGUUCAAAAAUCAUGAACUGUGUCAAAAGGUAAAAAUCCUAUUGAUUGCACAUCUCUUUCGUUUCGGUUGAUAAUAAGGCCUAUUUAAACGACUUCUUUUGUGCGCAUUAAAAAAUGUCACACCCAGUUUUAGUUAAAUAAGCUUGGUUGUCUCUAAAGAUCAAUAAAAAUACGAUCUCUUAAUAUUUUCAAUCAAAAUUAAACUAAAGCUUCUUCACAAUUGAGACGGUGGCUUGUGGCAACCGCAAAUCUUGUAAAUAGUAUAGUUUAAGAUGUCUCGUGGAGGCUAAGCGAAUGAUAACAGUUGAAUGUGCAGUUCUAGAUAUUCACUAACAUUAAUUUAUUUAACUUUCAAAUAUAUCUGUCAUUCUCCUAACUGAAUGUCGUAACUAGCAUUAAGAAAUAUAUUCCAGGCGACCAAUUUUGGGUUUAAUGGCGCCAUCAAAUUAUAGUCUAUCUUUUUUGAAAAUUGAGUAAAAUGACGGUUCAUUGCGCCUAAGUGUUGCCCUCUUAUAAGCAGCUAGUGCUUGCAGUCGAUAAAUAUUUUAUCGACGUCCAUAAAUAUUUUGUCGACUAUUGACUGAAUGUUGGUUACGCUUAAGCAACAAUCAAGUCAUCAUUGUUCGUCCAAUUGCUUAGCACUGGUUCAUUUGAACUGGCAAUAUUUGUAAAUUCAUACAUACAUACUCUGCAUUUAGGACUAGACGUAUUAAAAACAUAAUGGGGCGACAUAUUAAAGUUUUUCAUUUUAUUUCAAUACAAAUAAUCAAACCCGCCUCUUUCGUUCUUCUUAAAAUGUGUAUCAAUAAAAUUUGAUAUUGAUACUAGCAAGCCCACUCUCAAAGGUAAGAAUGAAGAAGGCAGUAACGCAAUUAGUAAUCAUAAGAACGUGGUAACAUUCACAAAUCAGACAUUUUUGGCAAUAUUUUACCUUCGUUCGCAAUCUAUCGAUAAAAUUGUCGACAACGUCAUGACUAUUUUAAAUUUUAUGAAAACUGGCAACUCUGCAAAUGUCAGUUUACUCCGUCUUCAAAAACGAUAGACUAUAGACGCUUGUAGAAACGCUGCGGUGGCGUGGCAUCCGAGCGUUUGUAGUGCCCAGUUCACUAAUUGUGGCAAAAGUGGCGCGCGUGUGUCACGACAGUGGCGUUGCAAGUACGCUUCUAAAUACGGUAUGAAUUUUUCUUUCUGUAAGCGUCUAAUUUGAAGGCGCCCUAACACCUGGCAUCUUGAGCUUGAAGCGUGUCAAACUGGUUUUUUUCAAUGAGUUUUAUUCAAAAGAUACAUACAUUUCAUUGUACAUG